GCUGUUUUCCUCAGUCCUGGAUAGUAUAGAAUUGUGACGCAGAUAGGUAUAAGCCCCCACCUCCUCAGCGCUCUGCCUGACCCACGUGUCUGUCUCUGAAAGCUCUGAAGUCACAUUCCCCUGUUUUCACAUGCUCGGUGCAGCAGUGCCGAAAUGUUUAAGCAGUGGAUCGCAGCAAUGGCUAUUCUCCUUACACUCUUUCAUCCAGAACUUACGGAAUCCUCCUCAAACUGUAAGGAUAAUAAAAUGUGUCGCUGUCUCAUCAAAGACAGGAACAUACCAAUAAAAACAGUGGAUUCAAAUGCAAUAACAUUUGUCUUCUGCCCGGACCUGCAAGAGGAUGAAAACCUCAUAUCUACUAGUCUACACAAGGGAGAGACCGAACUGCACUCAGGUGACAUAAGAAACAAGAGUCACCUAUCAUUGCAGCAGUUUCAGGUGUCCAUCCAAAACUCCAACAUCUCAUAUGUGAUUAGGGGAACUGAAGCCAGUGGCACGGGAAUCUACAACUGCACAAUCCACACUAAUAUCAGGACAAAAACAAAACAGUCUAUACUGCUCAUUAAAGAUUCUGAGCAGCCAACAGAACUAUCAUUCACCUGUCCACCAGGUCAUGCACUGCCACUUAGUGUUGGAUGUGGGGUCGUUAUUUUAUACAACCUGUUAAUCACAGUGAUUGGCUUUUUUCUUAGAUUUAAACUCAAAAACAAGGAGCUACCUGAGAAUCCUUACAUAAACACAAGACCAGGAGAAUUCAGGUGACACAGAUGAGCUCAGCAUCCAGUGAAGAGAUUCUGCAUAGAAAAACAUGACAUUUUCCACACACUGUUACCUUUUGACUAUACUGGGCAUCAACCAGACAGUACUACCCAAUUGGACACCUUACAGUAUAGUUUGUUACAGUAUAAUUUGUUAUACAGAUUUAAUAAUGGCUCUUAAAUGAAGGUUUUUGUUUUUGUUUGUUUGUUUGUUUGUUUGUUUCCACAUCUGUGAGAUUAAAAUUGAUGAAAAUGUUUCUCAUUCCUACAUUUGUACAAAGACCGGAUUUUAAUUAAGUGAUUUAUCAAAAUGUUUCUCAAAAUUAUAUCUGUAGAAUAUUUACUACUAUCUUCUAUUAGAGUGGAAAUAUGUGUAAUUGUCUUAAAAUACACCAUUUUGGAGAAAAAAGAUUGGAAAUGAUUAUUUUCUUGUUUUGAAGUGAAAAGAUACAUGAAGAUAAACAAAUAAGAAAUGUUUUCCUUUUGUGAUCGAAUGCAUUAGAGGGUUAAGCAAUGUGUCAAGUUAAUCAAGAUUCCUUUUUACGGGAAUGAAUGAAUUUUUGGUAACACUUUACGAUAAGGUUCCAUUUGUAAACAUUAGUUUUACAACAUUAGUUAACAUGAACUAACAAUAAACAAUACUUUU